CUUGACAGAACCAGAAUUGCCACCACUGCUGAUCCAGCCUUGAACCAGUUAAGGCAUUACAUCUUUCACGGUUGGCCGCUUCAGAGGCACCAACUCCCAGAACAACCGCAACAUUAUUGGAAUUACCGUGAAGAACUUGCAGUUGAAGAUGGCGUGAUAUUCAAAGCACAUCGACUUGUGAUUUCACCUUCACUGAUAGCAGAGUAUCUAAAGGAUCUUCAUGCGGGCCACGUAGGAGAAGAGAAAACUCUGUUGAGAGCACGAGAGACAGUCUUUUGGCCCGGAAUCUCGGAUGAUGUGAGAAAUGCUCUUAAAUUAUGUGACGUAUGCAUGAAAUACAAGCCUGCUCAACAGAAGGAACCACCAGUACCGCAUGAUGUGCCCAGCUUGCCAUGGUUCAAACUUAGAGUUGACAUAUUCUACUUCAACACGUUCCCUUUGGUAAAGAAACUGACCAGUCUGACGGGGGGACACGUGAUACGUCUUCUGAAGACAAUAUUUUCAGAACAUGGGGUACGAAGAAUUCAAAACAUUUGCCCUGCAGUACAGAUUCGAAGUGCAACACUGAAGCCCAAGGUUUCCUCAGUCGAAUGGUUUCAUUGAGGCCAUGGUCAAACUCGUAAAGGGCAUAAUGGAGAAGGCCGAAGAGUCGGGUUCUGAUCCACAUUUUGCAAUUCUGAUUUAUCGUGCGACCCCAAUCAGACCGGGUCAGCUCAGCCCAGGAGAGAUGCUUUCCUAGCGGAAAUAUAGAGCACUCCUUCCUAUCCAUCAAUAUUUGCAUCCCAAUCUAGAGAUCAGCAGGGAGGAGCAAAUAGCACAGAAACAAGCCCAACGUGAUGACUACGAUCGGACAGCCAAGAAACUUCAAGAUCUACAACAAUUUCAGAGUGUCCUGUUCCAGUUAGAUCCGAAGAAACCAAUCUUGCAGAAAGCCAAGGUGGUACAGCAGCCAAGUGAAAGUUCGCCCAGGCGAUAUGAGGUACAGACUGAAUCCGGUGCUCGGUACUUCAGGAAUCGUCGCCAUAUUCGUUCACCGAUUGAGAUCCAACCAGAAGAAUUGUACCAGGCCCCAUGA